AUGUCAUCCAUUAGCAAACAGCUCUCUUCUAUUGCCUGUGCAGGUAAGAUGGAUUAUUUAUGCAUCUCUUUUUCUUAUUUACUCUCUUUCUCUCAUACUGAAUCAUCUUCUUGUUGGUAUUCCUAGGCAAGAGACCGCCCCCUUUCACCCCUGAGAUUCGUCUGGUUUUGCUCGGAAAAACUGGGAGCGGAAAAAGCUCCACGGCCAACUCCAUCCUGGGCCGAAAAGUCUUUGACUCAAAGGUCAGCGGCACCUCGGUCACCCAACGAUGCCGGAGGGUGUGCGGAGAAUUCCGCGGGCGGCACCUUACGGUCCUUGACACCCCAGGGCUGCUGGACACCCGCCAGACUCCUCAGGAUGUGCAGAGGGAGCUGAGGAGGAGUGUCGGCCUCUUGUAUCCUGGGCCUCACGUGUUUCUUCUUGUUAUUCAGAUCGGACGGUUCACUCCAGAGGAGAGGGAGGCUUUGCGGCAGAUCAAACAGGCUAUGGGUUCCCAUGCUCUGGGGUUUUCUGUGGUGGUUUUUACCCAUGGAGACCAGCUAGAAGAAGGGGGAUCGGUGAAGAGUUGUCUGAUAGAUGGCUGCACAGAUUUGGCCCAGCUGGUGGAUGGAUGUGGAGGCAGGUAUUGCGUCUUCAACAACCACAGCACCAAAAACAAGGAGCAGGUGUCAGAGCUGUUCUCCUUAGUGGAAAAGAUAAUGCAAGAAAACGGAGGGACGUUCUACGCAAGCAAGAUGCUCCAGAAAGCAGAAGAAGACCUGGAUCUGGAGCUGCAGGAGGAGAAGAGGCUGCAGACAGAGAGGGAGAACCAGUUACAGAAAAAGCAGGAGGCCGUGAUACAAGUGAGGUAUGAGAAAGAGCUGGAGAUGUUUCAGGAAGACAGCAACAAAGAGAUGGAGAAGCUGAAGAAAAAACUGGAGCUGGAGAUGGAGAGAGAGAGGAAACAAGCAAGAGACCGGGAGGAGGUGUUGAGACGGAAGAUGGACGAGACUGACAGGAGAGAGAAGGAAAGGAAGAUCCAAGAGAUGAUGAGAGUGAUGGAGAUACGCAGGGAAGAGGAGGAGAGGAGGGAAGCUCUUCAAGAGAAGCUUAAUAAGGUCAUCAAAACGCUGGAGGAGCAGGCUGAGUGGGAGGAUAAAAUGAGGAAAGAACUUGAGGAGAAAAGCAGGAGAGAUAAAGCGGAGAAUGAAAAGAAAGAGAGGGAGAGGGAGGCCCAUCAAAUCCAGAAAGAGCAGGCCAUCAGGCAGAGGGAGGAGAUGAAGAGAGAUGCUCUACAGAAAGAGCUGGACAGACUCACGCAGAGCCUAGAGGAGCAGAGGAGAAAGGAGGAGGACAGGACAAAAGCGAUGGAGGACGUUCUCCGGAGAGAGAGGGAGGAGACCCAGAGGGAGAGGGACAUACAGAUGGAGAACCAGAGAGCAGAGAAAAGGAGAGUGGAGGCCCUGAAGCAGGAGCUGAAGCUGGUCAGAGUCAGGAUAGAGCAACAAAAAACAAGAGAGGAGAACCUGCGGAGGCAGCUGGAGGAGGACCAGUGGAGGAGCAGGGACAAGAGUUACAAAGAGAUGUGUGCCUUGAAGAUGCAGCGGGACAGGAAGUGCACAGAGCUUUGCAUGCAGACCAUCAAGAGGAGGCCUGCGGAGGACCACGGCGUCGUGGCAACUGUGGGUGGAUAUGUGCAGGAGAUGGGGCUGAUGGGGCUGAACGCAGCUUCAGAGACUAUUGGAGCUCCAUGCUGCAUACAAUAA